AUGAAGACCUUCACCUUCCUGUCCCUGGCCUCUGUGGCCGCUGCCCAGUUCCCCCUCUGCGCGGUCGACUGCUUCACCAACGUCAUCACUGAGCAUCCUCCUCUGGAGUGCACUCUUCCCGACAUGUACUACUGCUUCUGUGACAUGCCCAGCAUGCAGAACUACUUCAUCCAGUGCGCUCGCUCUGACUGCCCUGACGAGGCGACUGCCAACAACGCCAUCGCCUUUGGUGUCGACCUCUGCCUUGAGCUCGGCUACACCAUCACCGUCCCCCCUCUGACCCAGCCUACCAGCCCCGCCACCACCACCAGCCAGGACCCUGAGGUCACCACUACCACUGAGCCUGAGGUGACUCCUACUGAGACCGAUGCCGAGACCUCUGCUGAGACCUCCGUCGACGCCGAGACCUCCUCUGCUGAGACUACUGCCGAGGAGACUUCCGGUGCCGAGACCACCGGUGCCGAGUCCACCAGCGCUGAGGAGACCACUGGCGCUGAGACCACUGGUACUGAGGAGACUUCCGGUGCUGAGGAGACCUCCGCUUCCGAGACCGAGGGCGAGACCUCUGCCGUCGAGACCACCGGCCCCGAGCCCACUGAGAUGACCACCAGCACCUUCUAUGCCACCGAGACCUACACUAUCACCAGCUGCCCCCCUGAGGUGACCAAGUGCCCCGUCGGCAGCGUCACCACCGAGACCAUCGCUAUUUCCACCACUGUCUGCCCCGUCACCCAGAAGUUCACCACCAGCACCGUCUAUGCCACCGAGGUCCACACCGUCACCCAGUGCCCUCCCGAGGUGACCAAGUGCCCCGUCGGCAGUGUCACCACUAAGACCGUUGCCGUCUCCACCACCAUCUGCCCCGUCACCGAGGGCGAGGAGAAGCCCACCACCAAGCCCGUCCAGCCCACCGGCCCCUGGACCUGCCACGGCUGCAACUCGACCGCCAUCGCCGUCGUCACCAAGCACACCACCCAGAACCCUGAGCAGCCUCAGCCCACCAAGCCCACUGGAAACGGCGAGUCCCACGAGACCGAGGUCCACGUUCCCUCCCAGGUUCCCGCUCAGCCCUCUGGCGCUGCCCCCAGCCAGGGUGAGGCCGAGCCCGAGGAGCCCGCGCCCACUGUCGUCUCUGUCAACAUGGGCAACUCUGCUUCUGUUUCCAGCUUCCUUGCCGCUGCCGGCAUUGCUGUCGCUGUCUUCCGCCUCCUUUAA